GCGGAAGCAUGAUCGACCGAUAGUGAUUAUACGUAAUUAAUUGAUCUAAUAUAUGUUUGCGAGGGCGCUUACCUGAGGGGGGGGGGUGAUAUUAUGAUGUAAGCUGAACCUCGCAUCGCUUCCGGAAAACUCGAAACACUUCGCCCAAUGCCGGCUACAUUAUUUUAUCUGCGAAGCGCUUCCUUAUGUUUCGCUCCCCAUCAUGUUCCUACCCAGCAAGACCCCGUCCUAUUCUGUCCUGCUGAAUUCAGAAUCAGCAGAUUUAGACUCACCGAGAGAGAACGAAAUACAUAGUGACAGCAUACUGCAGAAAAAGCGUUUCGCAGGACUGUACCGAAUAUGUACUGCGAUCGCUGUUGUAUGUGUGUCUGCCGUUGCCUUUGUGACAAUUUUCUUCUCCUCUUCUUCAAAGCACCAGUUCACAUGCACUCAUCCACGCAUACGACCUGAAUGGCGCACUCUCAGUCAUGCCGAAAAGACAUCCUAUAUAGCGGCCGCUCACUGUUUGACAACCACCCCGUCUCCAAGGAACUCCAACAUCACUGUCCACGAUGACUUCUCUUACCUCCAUAGUCGAACUGGAAAUUAUUCCCACAACGCCGCCCCCUUCCUGCCCUGGCACCGGUACUUCCUCCAUGCCUACGAACACGCACUGAAGGAAUAUUGCCACUAUACCGGCCCUCUGCCAUACUGGGACUGGAGCCUUGACUACCGUAAUCUCAUAGAAUCACCUAUCUGGGACACUGAUGAUGGUUUUGGUCCCAGUGGCUCAUCAUUCACAAGCGUAGCCAACGGCCGCUGCGUCGACCAAGGCCCCUUCGCAAACUGGAUGCCCACGUACUACGAAGGCAACUACCACCCUCAUUGUCUUUCGCGCGGAUUCCAGGAUGAGACGAUUGUGACGAGGGUUGGGAAUCUGACGGUCCGGCCUGAUAUUUUGCAGGGCGUUAUUCGGGACAAAUCGGAGUACUUUGAUUUCCUCUUGGCCGUGGAGACAAUGUCGCACCUAACAAUUCCGUACAUCGUCCAGGGGGACUUUUCCAAGGUGACGGCACCGAAUGAUCCAGUAUUCUUCUUGCACCAUGCGCAGGUCGACCGGGUCUGGUGGAGUUGGCAGGGUGUACAUGACGAGCGACGGAGGAAGUAUAAUGGAAUUGCGAGGUAUGAUUCAACAGCCGAGGCGAGUGUUAGCGAUGUUCUGGACCUUGGGUUUAUACUUGAGAAUGGGGCCGUUGUGACUGUGGAAGACGUAAUGGAUGCAGAAGGCAGCCUACUGUGUUAUCGAUAUGACACAAGCGCGAUGUCUAACUAAAGUGGCGGUAGAAGAUACCUCUGCAGCAUUAUCUCCUCCACCACGUAGAACAUUGGGUUCGCUUAUAGUCGUCGUUAUUAUUCGCCGCCAGUAAGACAAAUGAUGAGGAUACCAAGUUCGACCCAUUUGUUGACCACUUCCUGCUAGUCUGUAGGCUGUUGUCCGUACUUGUUCGGUGUUGCUCUAUAUAUCUUUCUUCUCGGGCCCUUCCCGAGAAUGACAUGACAUUACCGCAGCUAGAAAGAGGAUCCCUCUCUUACUUCGCAUACCAUAUUACAUCACUAUUAUAUUCAUUCGACGGUGAAGUCCCAGCUGAUUGGGCGGAAAGAGGAUACUGAGGGCGUAGCAAGUUUUGAGACGCUGCAAGAGAAGGAGCUGGGUAAAAAGCAGCCGCUUGUUGAGGAUAAGCGGUUUAUGUUAUUGGAGGCAUGCGGAGUGGGGAUUGGAGUGGGUUGUACAAGGCGGGCGUGGAGAAAGGUAAUGGAACGGAGGAGCAAAGGAGCCAUGUUCGAGAGUGGAUCAGGACGGCUGAUGAGAAGAGCGAGGGUAUUAUGAAGGAACAUCUAAAACUCUCUACCAAGAGCAAGCUUGUAUUUACCCGCCAGAGUGGAC